AUGGGGACUCAUGAUGGUAUACUUGGUUCUCCAACCCAGUGCCUGGAAUAUGCGUGGUCUCUUCUUCAGAAGCAUCAAGAGCCAAUAAGGCAACAUAAGACUAAGGUGGAGCACACGGUGGGAUGGAGUAAACCUCCUCAAAGGGUCCUAAAGUUGAAUGUUGAUGGGGCUAUCUUCGCAUACCAGGAUAUGGCAGGGGUGGGGGUGAUUCUUAGAGACACUGAAGGCACUAUGUUACUGGCAGUCAUCACGAAGGAGUCUGAGGUUGGUGAUCCUGCUAAAAUAGAGAUAGUGGCAAUGCUACAAUUGUGCAUUCCGAUAGGCAUUGAGAAGCUUAUCCUAGAAAGUGAUUCUCUCCUAAUGGUUAAUUACAUGAAUGAGGACACAGAACCAUGGUCUUUAUUUGGAAACAUCAAUAAGGUAAUGAGGCAACUUUCUACAAGGUUCAGAAGCUGCAUAGUGCAACAUGUUGGCCGUCUGGGAAAUACACUCACAAGCUGUCCAGUAAUGCAUGGCAUGUUCAAGACAUAA